AUGGCAGCCACCGCCGUGUGGAUGAACAGUCUCACGGCGACGAGGAAUUGCGCCGUUUUCUGCUCCUUACCCAAUCGUCCUUCCCUCUCGUCCGCCCCGUUCAAGCUGCUCAAGGGAGAUGAGGCUGCCGCCACUGCCAACAAUGUCGUUAUCAGCCGGAGAAGCAUUUCUCUUAACAUAACCGCUACCACCACAUUGCUUUUAAGUAAUUUGGUGGAUGCUUAUAAAUUAGGUGGUUGUUAUACAGCCAACGCUGCUAUUCUGGAGGCCGAUGACGAUGAAGAAUUACUGGAGAAGGUAAAAAAAGACAGGAAAAAGAGGCUUGAGAAACAAGGUGUUAUCAGCUCAUCAACUACCGAAACAGCUUACCUGCAAGAUCUUGUUUAUAAACUCAGUGAAACAGGCCAAGCAUUAGAAAAGAAUGAUCUUUCAGCAGCUUAUUCAGUGCUUGGUUCCAACAAGGAUACUGAAUGGGUCCAAAGAGCUAACUCUGCCUUGAACAAGUUGAGCUCCAGUAACGAAGAGAAGACAGAGGUCGAUGCCUUCAAUUCGUCACUGGUCUCAUUAAUCUCAUCAGUGUCCGGGAAUGAUAUAAAAGGCUCGAAAGUAGCGUUCGUGUCCUGUGCAAGUGCUCUUGAGAAGUGGAUUGUGCUGUCAGGUUUGGUGGAACAGUUAAAGGGCCUUUGA